CGCAAAACGCCCCGCCAGAGUGAGAAGUUCUACGUGGAGAUCGUUAAGACCCUCUGUGUGUGUGGAAGUUGAUGAAGAUGCAAGCGUUAGGGGAAAGCAGUGGUGUUGCCGUUGACUGUGAUAGUGAUUGUGCCCAGCUUAUUUUGGUGCAGAAGAAUCUGCGAAACCUGCCCCCCGAAAAUAUAAAGCGACACGCAAGCUACGUGGAGUUAUUGGACUUAAGCUACAACCGCAUCAAAGAUCUGUCCUGGCUCGCUGAGUUCGAGCAAUUGCGACACCUGGUUCUGGACAACAAUCAUUUACAUGAGGCGCAACUUCGAACUCUCACUCAACCGCUCCCACAACUGGAGGUGCUGAUGUUGAACAAGAAUGAGUUUAGCGACCUGCACACAACUAUGCAGCUCAUCCGAAGACUUUUCCCCAACCUGGAGUACCUCAGCCUGCACGGCAAUCCCAUCUGCCCGGACGGCUUAGAAUUGCAGCCAUUUUCGACUUAUUUGCAGUACGACUAUCUGUAUUACAGCAAUUACAUUGCGCAGUCGCUUAAGAAACUGAAAUUUCUGGAUCAUGGGCCGGUGCAGCGUAUCUACAGCUACGAGAGCUUCUCCAGUAAAAAUUAUGGAAAAGGUGGCGCUCGAUUAGUGCACACAACGAGCCUUUGAACUAUAUCUAUACCUCUACAUUUGAUUUCAACUGAAAGGAUUUCAACAUGCUGUAAAUAUGUUUAACCUAAUACAAUUAAAUCACAAUAACAUAACUUAAGAAAGAAAAAUGU